GAUAUCUCACAAGAGAAAUAAUUGAACCUGAGAAGCUCUCCUCAGAUCCAACCACUGGAGAUCCCAUAGUGAACAGAUCUUACAUCAACUGGGUCAAACAAGACCAACUCAUUGCUUCUUGGCUUCUAUCUUCAUUAUCAGAGAAUGUGUUGGUGACAACCGUUGGCUUGAGCACUUCCAGGCAGAUCUGGGAUUCACUGAGAUCUGGAUUUGCAAGCCACAGCCUUGCUAAGCAGAUGCAGCUCAAACUUGAGCUACAGACUCUCAAGAAGGGAAGCAUGAAGAUGAGAGAUUAUUACAACAAGGUUAAAGGGAUAUGUGAUCUUCUAGCUGCAGCAGGACAGAGAAUAGAUGAAGGUGACCAAAUCUUACACCUCCUAGCUGGCCUUGGAUCUGAGUAUAACCCUGUGGUGGUCUCUCUAACCUCUAGAUCUGAAAAGUUCUCCAUGAUGGAGGCUUACUCCAUACUCUUGAGCUUUGAAAGCAGGUUGGAGUCUAUUGAAGGAGGAAAUGAGACAGAUGGAUCUCUUUUAGCUGCAAACAUGGCCACUAAUUCCAACAACAAUGCCAAUAUGGUUGUUUAUGCUUCAAGAGGUAGAGGUUCAAAUGCUUUAAGAGGAAGAUCUGGCCAAGGUAGUAGAGGAAGAAACUCAGGAAGAUCAUAUAGAGGUAGAGGAGGAAGAG